AUGUUGACAUACGGAAAGUGGCCAAAAAAGGUCUUGCACACGGAACAAUGCUGCAUUAUUACAAUGUAACUCGCUAACUCUUUGCAUUCCUCCAUGGAUUUAAUUCGUAUUAUGUUCAUUCUUAAGUAUCGUCUGCUGAGUGUGAAAAUGAAAGAAGUGAAAUGAUGCGUUGGUAGAACUCGAGGUUAUGUUUUAUUUAUUUCGCAAUGAUGGAAUGAUAAUCGGCUAGAUUAUGGAAUCGGCAAAUGAUUCAUUUAGCCCUCUGACGGAAAUGGAUAUACCUUAUAUUGACGGACAGAUGGAGAAUGAGAAUGCCGGUUUUGGCGGGAAAGACACCAAUGGAACGAAGAAAGAAGUUCCUCCAACCAGAACGGCUGGUGGAAUCCUGCCCAUGUGUGGAAGAUUCUCCUUUCCGUGGCUUCUGACCCUUUCCAUAGUCCAACUAUCGAUCUACUUGAACAAGUUAUACCAGGACAGCUCUGCCGUGGGUUUGUACUUUACCCAAAAAGACUUCAACUACUGCGUGGUAUCCACACUUUGUCUUUUCUUCCCAGCCCUCGUUUACAUCAUCUACAUCGUGGCAGCUUACGUGAAGGAUCAAGAAGAAGCCGAGGCAAAGGAGAUAGGGACAAAGGUUGUGCAUGGACUCUUGCUGGUACCUUGGCAAAUAAAAGGACGAGUCGAAGUUCUGCAGUUCUCAGCACAGAGGGUUUGCCAAACGCGUCCUUUGACACCAGACGAGCUCGAAGAGAAAUCAUUACUAGAACGCCAGGCAGCUGUUUUAGAAUUCUUCGAAAACUUCUAUGCAGGACUCACACAGAUUCUGCUGCAACUAUACAUAAUCAUCACAUCAUUAGAUCAAAAGUCUCAAUAUAAAGCAUUGACUGGAGAGAUCAUAGCAUCCAUUCUGACGUUGAUGUCAAUGCUGGCUGCCGUCCGAAGAAAAGAUGACGGGAUACUGACCGGAGCUCUAUCCAUCAUUGGUUGGACGAGCAUCGCCAUUUCCCGAGCUGUGGCCAUUUCUCUGGGCACCACUGUGGUGCAUGGAUGGAUGGCAUUGGCCCUACUUCUGCACGGAAUAAUGGUAGCUUUUUGGGUGACAGCAAUUGCCGUCGAGACACACGUCAAAGCUGCCGAGACAGUUAGAUUUACCAAGAAAAGACGCCUGGCCCUCUUCUUCCUCAUCUUUGCCGUAUUCGGAUUGCCUUCGCUCACUUACUGGCCAAUCAUGUUCGAGCUGAAGAAACACAAGCGUCCUCUGAUAUUCCUAUUCAUUCUUUUCUUAGAAAACAUUCUAUUUGUGGCGUUAUGGCUCGUGUUGAAAGACAAUACCGUUUGGGGCAGUCAUGAUUAUGUCUGCAUGACUGUGACAGCGGUGUUCUUCUUGCUGGGAGCUCUCUUCAUACUAUUUUACAUCUGCUGCAAGCCGAAGUACACGGACCAAGUCGUUUACCAUGACAUGAAAGUGCGAAAUGCGGACUCUUUUGGCAUGUACUUUGAGUUUUGUGAUGUUGCUUUCAAGCUGUCAAGGAAGCAGGACGUCGAGAUGAGGUUGAAAGAAAUCCGAGAGCAGAGGGGUGAUAAUGGUUGAAUUCAUAGAUUUUUUAGGACUGUUUAUACUUCAGAGAUUUUAAAUAAAAUGUUUUCAUUUAAAACAUUAUAAUGUAAUACGUCUACUUCAAGUACUUCAGUGGCUUCUUUGAUUAACUGAAGCUACAAAGGAGAAAAAUGAGACGCAGUUUUUAUAAUCAAUAUGUGAGGAUG